CUUUCCUGACUUUCCUCAGUGACGCUGAGGCUGAACUGGCAUCACAGAUCCACAUAAGAUAAACAUUGAAAAUAAGGACAAUGUUGGUGUCCUUUCUGAUAGUGCUGAAUGCACUUGGAGCUUUUAGUUUGCCAAAACCUGAGAUUAUAGACGACACUCACAGCAUUCCCAAAAUCAAUGAGGCCGCAGGUUUACACCUGCUUGAAGGAGACAUAAUGAAAAGUCACCUCAGAAGCUCUACAACGGAUGGUGACAAGAGAUGGAACACUUCUGUUCCUUAUUGGCUAGACGACAGUCUUGAUGUGCAUGCCAAAGGCAUUAUUUUGAGGGCAUUUGAGCAGUUCAGUCUGAAAACAUGCAUCGACUUCACUCCAGUACUAAAGGAACGACCCUACAUCCACAUUCUAAAGGAUGAUGGAUGCUGGUCUUAUAUCGGAAUAGAUGACCCUCUUGGUCAGUUUCUUUCUAUUGGAAAUGGCUGUGACUAUAUUGAAAUUGUGGAGCAUGAACUUCUCCAUGCACUGGGAUUCUACCAUGAGCAAUCAAGAUACGACCGAGACGAGCAUGUCACAAUCGUCUGGGACAACAUCGAAGACGGGAGGGAAAGCAAUUUUGAUAAAGCCAGUGCGGAGGAGACUAGCCUCCUCAAUACUCCAUAUGACUACACAUCUGUCAUGCAUUAUGUCUCCGACGCAUUCUCUAACGGAAAUGGAAAUGGGACCACCAUCAUCACAAAGGACCCAAAGUUUCAAGAUGUGAUCGGCAAAAGUGUUGAGAUGAGCAACACGGAUACACUGGAACUUAACAGGCUUUACAGCUGCAAUAGAGCAGUGUCCUUUGUUGAGCACUGCAGCUUUGAUGAUAAAGACAUGUGUGAGAUGACAGUCUGCUCCAGAGGUUCAUCUGAAUGGAAGAGAGUGAAUCGAACUGAUGGAGGUCCCCAUUCAGACCACACCCACCUGGGCACUGACAAGCAGGGUCAAGGCCUCCUCAUGCACUUCAGCACUGUGACAGGAGAAGAAGGGGAUUCCUCCAGGCUCAUAACCAGGAUGGUGACUCCUAGUAGACCAUGCCAGAUCCAGUGUCUUCAGUUCUACUACUACUACAACGGCAAUGAGACGGACCAGCUCAACAUCUGGAUCAGAGAAUUUGACAGCAAAUACGAUGUAGAAGGAACUCGCAAACUCAUGGGUCAAAUCACAGCUUCCCCAGCUGAUUACUGGCAGCUCCACCAUGUUCCCCUGAAUGCCACCAAGACCUUCCAGGUGGAGUUUGAGGGCCGCAAGGGAGCAGGGUCUUCAAGUGGGGGCUUCUCUGUGGACGAUAUAAACCUCUCAGAAACCGAAUGUCCCCAUCACACAUGGCAGAUACGUAACGUUGAGAAGCUAUUGAACAACAGUGAUGGUAACGAUACCUCUAUGAUUAGCCCAAGAUACUACACAACUGAUGGUUAUGGCUAUCAGGUUCAGCUGGAUUUGGGCAUGCCACAUUUUGGCAUGUAUGUGCGCCUGGUGUCUGGGGACUAUGAUGACCAGCUAGAGUGGCCGUUGGCAUGGAGACAGUUUACAGUCCUGGUGGUGGACCAGAAUCCAAACAUGCAGCUGCGCAUGUCGAAGCAGAGCAGUAUAACUACAGAUCCAGGAGACAACUCAACACUUUGGCUUUAGGGCAACCCUCGAGAGAAUGGUGAAAUUGAAGUAGAUGAAAAUGGUGAGACAUUUUACGCCAACGCUUAUGCAGACGGAAUAUUCAUGAGGUUUGAUGACCUUCAGGAGAGGGACUUUUUUAAAGGAGGUGAUGUGUUCAUCUCUUUCUUCAUGCAAGAUAUUAGGCCUCUGUCCACAAAUUACACCCUGACCCUGCCCUGCCCCACCAUUCCACGGUUGAACUUCACAUCAGUUCCUGAGGACAGUGACUACUUAUGUGCAAGGACUCAAACUACUCCUCCUUCCACUACCAACCCAGAGGACCCUGAUAAAGAGCCUUGUGACAGCUUUUUCUGCAGCUUCUCCCCGAAGAUGGCAAGCUCCCCCCUCAUCCUGCUCUUCACUUUGCUCCUGUUGCUGGCUCACUGAUGCCCAGGACAGGCUACCUGCAUCAUGGUCUAGACCAG